AUGAAGAGUGUGAGGAACAUGAUCAUCACAAAGCAUCCUUGCCUGACUGAGAGAGGCUCAGUCACUGGAUAUGCUGGGUGGAAAGCAAGUUUGAAGAAUAAAUUGGCAAUCUACCGCACUCACCUGAGGAAACUGGGGUGUCCUGAAGUGACGGUAAACUCUCUCAAGCACAAACCAGAGGGUAAAUCAAGUGCUGCUUUUGCCAUCAAGAAACCAAGGCGGUCUGAAGUGAACUAUUGUCCUCCCUAUCCUACUGGAGAAUCUGAUGAGAGCCUUGAGAGUCUGAGGCUGGAACUUCUUUCAGAUGUCAAGAAGAAGAACAACAGGGAGGUAGUGAGGGUGAAAAUGGAAAAGACUUUUGCGUAUAGGAGGUAUGAGGUGGUUCGCAACACACCCAUGGUGGAAGACUUCAAGACACGGUGGCCAGCACUCUUCGAUGUACCUGAGAUAAAUGCUGAAUUCAAGCGUAUCACCACUGUGCCCAUGCAGUCCAGAUUUCUGUCCCAGCUGGAUGUCCACGCCGACAAACUUUUUGAGUUGUUCAAAAAGAGAGGAGGACAGAUAGGCAAAAGAUUACAGAGCAUUAUGGUACCAAUGGCUCAGGAUGACGACAUUGACCUGAGAAGAGAAUGUACUAUCAAGGGACUCUGCGUGUACCUCAACGAGGACCCAGAAAAUCUUGUGAAGGAACAUAUGGCCGCCGACGAAGCCCGCAUCCAGGAGGCCAUUGAGGAGACCACUGUGGGAAUCUAUGUGAUCAAACAAAAUGCCAGUGAUAAACCAGAAGACAUCGGGAUCGUCCUUGAGGGCCAGACUGUGUUGCAGGAUUUGGACAAUCUGGCUUUUGCAGCUGCCAUGUUGUUUGGACUGCUGUAUGCUUUGAACCUAAACUAUCCUGCUGAACUGAAGUACACCUUUGAAGUCCUCCAGAAGAUUGUCAUGAAGCUGGAAGGUAAUACACUCUCCAAGAAAGCCCAGUUCUCAAAAACAGACUCUGUCAGUGAACUGUUUGAACAAUUUGUUCAUGGGUAGGGGAACACUAUGCAGUUGUCCAUGUUAGCCAUUGCUUCCAUUGUAGCGAUCAGGGAUUCAGUAUGUUACUCUUACAGAUGCCUU